AUGUUUGAAAUGCUUAUUAUGCUAAGUCUCGAGACAAAGACUUUGGCGUUUGUGGGCAUUCAUUACGCUAUCGAAAAGACGAUUGAGCUAUGCGGUGAUCUUUGGUGCGACGUGCCGAUGCUCCAUCAGUACAUAGCUGGGUUCUUGUUACACUUCACGAUCAAAUCAUCGCUCACGGGAGUUUCGGUGGAUUGGUUGCUGGGUCGUUGCUUACAAUCGGUGAACAAGGAUGCGUUAGAUGAGCUUAUUGAUGGUGGGUUCCUCGCUGCUGUUGUCGGUGAAACGUUGAAGCUUUUGAAAGCUAUUGAUGCCGGCAAAGCGAAAAAGGAAGUAAUCGCAUCGAACUCGACAAUUCUUAGUGUUUUUCCAUCGUACAAACAGUCUCCAAAGGACAUGCUUAAGUGGAUCAAGGUACAUGAACUCGAGGAAGUGCUACCGUUAGAGCCCGCUUUUGAGCUUGCGAAGCGUGUCAGUGAGGCUUCGUCGUAUGAUGAAGUUGUCUUGUUCAUCACAAAACACAUACCCGAGACUCAACGCCUCUGUGGCAACACGGACACUCAAGUUCGACUAGUGUCAGCAAUCAUGCAGACGCGAACCGAUAUUGACGAAGUGAAAAAGCUUUUGAAGCAUCUAGUAAAGGAAGGUGCAGUGCUGACUCCUGCGUUAAGCAAAUGGCUUGAGUUAAACGACGACAAUAGUGCGAGUAGAAAGCGUGUGCAGGAAGAGUUGAGCGAGUUUGUAGAAGAUUUGGUCCACAUGAAAUAA